AUGGCGCAGCAAGCUACGGUUUCACUCGUCUGCAUUGUUGCGAUGCACGGGUCGACCAGUUCUGUGCUACGCGGUGGCGCUAUGAUCUACCCUGAGGUCAAGCUAAGGAAUGCAUCAUUGCAACAUUGCGGCACCUGGCACCGCUGUGCAUUCUACAUUUUGCUACCAGAUCGCGAUUUUCCAGAUGUGACAGGCUGGCUGAGAACUGAUGAUGCCUCGCGCCUAUUCCUCCUCAGCUUCUGCAGCGUCUCGCGCGGUCCUAUUCUGGAUUGUAUUGGUCAGCUGUUUCGAUCGGUGCAUCUAGUCGCCACAGCCGGUCAGUUGACGACGCAGACGAUUCUCAUGAAGAAGCUGUGCAACCAGAGACCUCGGGCUGAUCCCCGACAGUAA